CACGUUACUAGUCUUAUGUCUGAUAAGAUAUGGCACCUAACUAGAAACCAUGAAGUUCUUAGUUUAUCUUCAGGUUUUGGCUGUUUGUUUCCUUCUAGAAGCUGACUAUUCCUCUGCUCGUGAUUGUCUGUGUGUACAUAAGGGAACAGUCCUCCCUGUAGACCAACAUAUUACUGUGACGGAACUUCCUGGCGGAACAUGUGUAGAAAUAUUGAAGGAACAUGUCCAUUUCAAGAAUGCAAACUGGACACAUAUAAUGUAUCAAGGUCAUCAUGCUUUUGUAGAAAAAGUUAACACAGCAUUCGAUAAAGUAAAGUGUGACGAUAAUAAUGUUCCAAUUACAACAACGGUUGCAUCUACAACAAAACAAACAACACAAUCAACGACUCAAUCAACAACUCAGCCCACAACGCCAGUUCCCCAAACAACGACAAUACCUGUAACCACAACACUACACCAAGGAACAACACUACCACCGGCUCCAUUUUGCCCUCCUACUAGUGGAAAACCGUCACAUAAUAAUUUAAAUUGUACUGGUGUUAAAAUUCUAUCCAGGAGUAGUUGGGGAGCCUCUUCGCAGUAUGAGAGUAUAAACGACUUAACCAGGCAGUUCUCAUGCAGCGUAGAUUUUGUUGUUGUUCAUCACACUUUAGGGGAUCGAUGUAUAACCGUGGCUGAUUGUGAACAAAGGAUUCGAACUGAUAUUCAAAACUGGCAGCAUAGACAAUUCAACUUCGCCAUCGGUGGUGAUGGAACCAUCUACGAAUUAAAUGGUUUUGAUAGUGUUGCAAAACAUGCAAAAUUCUAUGACAACAUAUCAUUAGGAAUUGCUUUUAUUGGUGAUUUUUCAUCAGUACCACCUACUCAGGCCGCCAUUGAUUCGCUCAAGAAGUUUUUGGCAUGCGCAGUACAUGAAAGAUUGCUAGCAGCCUAUUACGUUUUACGGACUGAGCGUGAUGUUAUCGGAACAGGGUUUGGCGAUGCAUUGUACAAUGAAAUCGAAAAACUUCAACAUUACUAAAUAA